CAAGUUGCUAGGCCUUGCUUGUUUGCUAAGCCCAUUAGAUAUUUCCAAUGAAACUCAAACUCAUGGAGAAGACUAGUUUCUUUUUUCCUACCGCAUUGUUGAUACACUGUUGUUGUUCUAUGGUCUGCUUGGCUACGUCCAUUGUUCCAAACUUGACAACCGAUCAAUAUGCUCUUCUUGCCUUCAGAUCCCAUAUCACUUAUGAACCUGAAGAUGUAUUGGCUAAGAAUUGGUCAACAACUACCUCAGUUUGCAAUUGGGUCGGUGUCUCCUGUGGUCUUGUCCACCAUAGGGUCACAGCCUUGAAUCUCUCUCGUGUGGGUCUCCGAGGCACCAUCGCUCCACAUCUUGGAAAUCUGUCGUUCUUGGCAUCACUUGACAUAAGUUACAACAAUCUCAACGGGUAUAUACCCAAAGAGUUGGUUUAUUUGCGUCGAUUAAAAGAAAUCAAUUUGGGGUACAACAAUUUCAGUGGAGGGAUACCAUCAUGGUUUGGGAUUUUACAAAAACUCCAUGAGUUGAUACUGUAUAACAAUAGUUUCACAAGUACUAUCCCAAAAUCACUAUGCAACAUCUCGAAGCUAGAGAUAUUGUCUAUCUCAAACAAUUCUUUACAUGGAAAUAUUCCGGAAGAGAUUGGUAAUCUUUCUAAACUGAAAGUAUUACACUUGUCUUUUAACAAGCUCACAGGUGCCAUACCAUCUACCAUCUUCAACAUUUCUUCUUUGAGAAUGAUUCACUUGUCAGGCAAUAGUCUGUCCGGAAGUUUGCCACUAGAUAUGUGCAACAAUCUUCCUAAGAUUGAAAAUUUCAGUGUUUCUUGGAAUCAGCUUGGCGGGCAAAUUCCAUCCAAUUUAUACAAAUGCCGGGAGCUCCAAGUUUUAUCAUUGGCAUUCAAUGACUUCAAUGGCAGGAUACCUAAAGAAAUUGGCAACCUAACCAUGCUCAAAAAGUUAUAUCUUGGUGUAAACAACUUGAAAGGUCAAAUUCCAUCCGGCUUAUGGAAAUGCAGAGGGCUUCAACGGUUAUCUCUCGCCUAUAACAAAUUCACCGGUAGCAUAUCCAAGAAAAUUGGGAACCUUACUUCAAUCAAAGCCCUGUAUCUUGGGGACAACUACUUGACAGGUUCUUUACCAGAUGAGAUUGGUAACCUUAAUCUCGAGGUACUUUAUGUCCAUGGGAACACUUUGACUGGCACCAUUCCGUUCAAAAUAUUUAAUGUGUCAACAAUGAAAGAACUUGGCCUGUCAGACAAUAACUUCUCAGGCCAUCUUCCUUUGGACAUGGGGGUUGGGCUUUCUAAUCUUGAAUACCUUUAUCUGGGUCGCAAUAAACUCGGUGGAAAAAUCCCAAGCUCUAUCUCGAAUGCUUCUAGGCUAAUCCUGAUUGAUACGAGCUAUAAUUCAUUCACUGGACCUAUACCCAAUACGCUUGGUAGUUUAAGAUUCUUGCAGUCUCUCGGCCUUGAAUCAAGCCUUGAAUCAAAUAGUUUGACCGGAGAAUCUUCUACCCCGGAGUUGAGACUUUUCUCUUCUUUAAUGAAUUGCAGACAAUUGAAGAAAUUGUUCAUAUCAUUAAAUCCCCUAAACGGCAUACUUCCAAAUUCAUCGGGAAAUUUGUCUUCCUCUCUUGAAGUCUUUUCUGCAUUUGGAUGCCAACUCAAGGGCAACAUCCCAACUAGAAUCGGGAAUUUUAGCAACUUGUAUUUCAUAGACUUAAGAAGCAACCAACUGACUGGACCUAUCCCAAAAACAAUAGGGGCAUUACAAAAUCUCGAAGUUUUAUAUCUUCAAAAUAAUAGAUUGCAUGGAUACAUUCCAGAUGAUUUUUGUCAGUUAAGGAGAUUGGGGAACUUAUACUUAAGUGAUAAUAAGCUAUAUGGACAGAUCCCUACGUGCUUGGGUGAGCUUAAGUCUCUAAGAUGGCUCUAUCUUGACUCCAACAAAUUGUCUUCCAUAAUACCGUCAAAUUUGUGGAGCCUUGAAGAUCUAUUGGGUGUUAACUUAUCCUCAAACUUUCUACGUGGUCAUCUACCAUUAAAUAUCGAAAAUUUGAGGGUCGUAACACGACUAGACUUGUCAAGGAAUCACUUAUCAGGUAUAAUCCCCAACACCAUCGGAGGAGCUCAGUCAUUAGUUUUUCUCUCCUUGGCCCACAACAAAAUGCAAGGACCUAUUCCUCAAUCGCUUGGCAACUUGAUAAGCUUGGAGUUGUUAGAUCUAUCUAGAAACAACUUUUCUGGAGUUAUUCCCAAAUCCUUGGAGGCACUCAGGUAUCUCCAAUAUUUCAAUGUGUCUUUCAAUAGACUAAAAGGAGAAAUUCCUACGGGAGGACAUUUUGCCAACUUUACAGCUGAGUCAUUUUGGCAUAAUGAUGCACUGUGUGGUGUACCACGAUUGCAAGUUCCCUCGUGCAAAACCAACAAGAAUCCGCAAUUUGCUAUUCUGAAAUAUGUUUUACCCCCUGUUGCAUUAGCAAUUCUUGUUGUGGCCCUUGUAUUUUUGUUGCUGGGACGCCGAAACCAGAAGAUCAAAUUGCAGACCCAAGCAGAUUUGUCUUCUCUUGCAUGGAGGAGGAUUUCGUAUGAGGAACUUCUACGAGCAACAGAAGCAUUUAGUGAUACAAACCUAAUUGGCAUGGGGAGUUAUGGUUCAGUAUAUAAAGGAGUGCUCUCGGAUGGGAUGAGUAUUGCGGUAAAGGUUUUUAAUUUGCAACUAGAAAAAGCUUUCAAGAGUUUUGAUGUCGAGUGUGAACUAAUGCGCAACAUUCGUCAUCGAAAUCUAAUUAAAAUUAUUAGCAGUUACACUAACUUGGAUUUCAAAGCCUUGGUACUAGAGUACAUGCCUAAUGGGAGCCUUGAGAAGUGGUUGUAUUCUCACAACUGUUGUUUGGAUAUCCUUCAACGAUUAAAUAUCAUGAUAGAUGUUGCAUCAGCCUUGGAAUAUUUACAUCAUGGUCAUACAACACCCAUUGUUCACUGCGAUUUGAAGCCCAGCAAUGUCCUCCUCGAUGAAGACAUGGUUGCACAUGUUGCUGAUUUUGGAAUUGCAAAACUCUUAAGUGAAGGGGAUCUUAUGGUACAAACCAUGACCUUGGCAACAAUUGGAUAUAUGGCACCAGAAUAUGGAACGGGAGGAAUAGUAUCUACAAGAGGUGACAUCUACAGUUACGGUGUUAUGUUGCUGGAAACAUUCACAAGGAAGAAGCCGACGGAAGAAAUGUUUGCUGGGGAGAUGAGCUUGAAGCGUUGGGUGAAUGAAGCAUUAAUGGAUGGUUCAAUCAUUAGAGUUGUGGAUUGUAAUUUAAUGGGAAGAGAAGAAGAAGAUUUCUCUGUGAAGGAGCAAUGUGUAUCAUCUAUCUUGGGUUUGGCCAUGGAAUGUUCAAAUGAUUCACUUGAGAAAAGAAUCAACAUCGAAGAAGUCUUGGUUAGACUCAAAAAAGUUAAGAUCUCCUUUCUAGCAAAUAUUGGUAGGACUAGAAUUUAAAAGCAAUCAAGAUUAUUAUGUAUCAGGUUUAGUAAUAUUAUGUACUUCCCACAUUAUUCCUGUUAUAGUGAGGCUAAUAUCUUCUUUUUA